AUGCCCCUCACUACAGAAACCGUUACUAAGCUCCGUAGUAUCGUUGAUACAUCUUGUGUUGAUGAGAAGACCGGCAUACCAGGGGCUACGGUGGUGGUCAUAGGAAAAGAUGGGAAUGAUCUAUUCGCCCAUUCUUCCGGAAAGCGAGGUAUCGUUUCUAAGGAGCCCAUGACACUGGACAAUAUUUUCUGGAUUGCGUCGAGUACGAAGAUGCUUGUUGGCCUGGCUUGUAUGCAGCUCGUGGAAAGGGGUAGUUUGAAACUGGAUGAUGGGGAGCACCUUGAGACUCUCUGCCCAGAGCUUAGAACUGUGCAGGUCCUUCGAGUUGACGGGACACUCGAGAAGAAGAACAAAGCGAUUUCUUUGAGGAUGCUCUUGACCCACACAGCUGGGUUUGGGUACACCUUUUUCAAUGAGAGGCUGCGAGACUGGACGUUUCCUGCUGGCGGUGAUGAGUUUUCCGGACGUUUUGAAGAUAUGCUAAUGCCGUUGUUAUUUCAGCCAGGUGAGGGCUGGGAAUAUGGCAUCAAUAUCGACUGGGCUGGAAUUGCCUUAGAACGAGCCACCGGGCUUAGACUCAACGACUACAUCCAGCAGCAUAUUCUGCAACCGCUUGGCUUAAAUAACAUAUCGAUGAUUCCCACAAAGGAGAUGAAGGCCAAGCUUGCGUACAUGCAUGCUAGAGAUCAAGAUGGAACACUGAGGCCGCGGGAUCAUCCUCUUAGGAUGCCGUUAGUAGUAAGCCAUGAUAACGAAGCUCAGGUAGCCGCAGUCUUUCAAAGCGGUGGCGGGGGUAUGUUUGCUAAACCCCAGGAAUACUGCAAAGUUCUUUCUGUAUUACUCAAUGAUGGAACUUGUCCACUUACUGGCACGCAACUCCUUCGUAAGGAAACAGUGGAUGAAAUGUUCAAGAACUCGAUACCAGAGUUUCCUAAUUUCGGUCGCCAAGGUAUACCAGCGGCGAAACCGGACCUCACUCGACCUCUACCCGACUUAUAUCCUGUCCCAGGAAACCCACCCCAAGGCUGGGGACUUACAUUCAUGCUGAGUAAUGGCGGCGUAACCGGUCGUUCCAAGACCACCGGGUUCUGGGCUGGCCUCUCCAACGUUUGGUGGUGGUGUGACCGCGAGAAUGGAGUUGCAGGGAUGGUAUGCACUCAAAUACUACCAUUUGCCGAUCCUCAGGUUCUGGGUUUAUGGGUGGGAGUUGAAGCCGAGGUAUAUAAAGCGCUGGCCGAAGGCAAGUAG